CGGGGGAGCUGUUAGCUUUUGACUUACAAGAAACAAGCCAUACGCUUUAUAGCAGCAGCAAAACUGUUGAUUGCUGUAUUUAAACACUAAAACCUGCACCUAAACUAGGUUUAAACUGAAGCAAAAUGGGAAACGAAGCUUCUCUACCAUCGGAUAUGGUAACACACUUUGAUGCUGAUGAGAUUAGGAGACUUGGAAAACGAUUUCGAAAGCUUGAUCUGGAUAAUUCUGGUGCCCUUUCAGUCGAGGAGUUCAUGUCGCUCCCAGAACUGCAACAGAACCCGCUUGUCCAAAGAGUCAUUGAUAUUUUCGACUCUGACGGGAAUGGAGAAGUUGACUUUAAAGGUAAGAAAUAAAAUAAUUGUAAGUCA